UUGGCGACUACUUUGGGCUACCAGCGGCCCCGCCUAACCCAGUCGAGUCGGCCGGCGACGGCAGCCUCCUCUCUCCGCUCGCCGGUCGCCACUGCUUCCGCUUUGCCUCCGGGCUCGUCGGCAUCCACCUCCUCCGGCCGCACGCUCGCGCACCUCACCAGCGUCGCCUCCUGUGACUAGGCGACUCCAGUCUCCACUCGUCACUGCUCCCGCGCCGCCUCCGAUCUCACCGACAUCCAUCCGUCCCGGCCGCACGCCUGUGCACAUCACCAGCGUCGCCUCCGUGACAAAAUGUGACGCCUGCCCUCAGUGAUGCCGCAGAAGUUGCGCGUUGCCGCAUCCAGUGAUGGUGUGCUGCCUGAAGACAUGCUGCUUCAAAUCCUUGUGCGCCUCCCGGCAAAGACGGUAUGCCUCUUCCGAGCGGUCUGCCGAUCCUGGAGGUCCCUCCUCUCAGAUCUGCUCUUUGUUGCAGCGCACAAGUCCCACCACUCUGGGCCACUAAUCGCCACAUGUAGUAGAUUGUAUGGAAGCGGCACCAUUGACAUUCUGGACUUGUCUGGCUCUGUUGUUAAACGGAUAGCCACCAGCAUGGCUGCUCCCAGGUUGGUGCGCACAUGCCGCUUGGACCUUAUAUGUGUCACCGGAAGUAACCACUUUGCGGCCUGCCAUGUGAUCAACCCUGCCACAGGGGAUACGUUUGCAUUGCCCAUUCACCGUGCAAAGGAGCAUGCACAUGUGGAACAUUUCUUCCCAGUAUCAUUUGACUUUGGACAGGUUGGCUCCACGGGAGAGUACAAGGCUAUACGCUGUGUCAGUAUCGACAAUUCCGAUAGCGAGUCGAGCCCGAUGGUCUGUGAGGUCAUCACCCUUGAUGAUGGUCGCCACGCAAGAUGGAGGGGCAAACAGGGCCCUCCGGCCCCUAUCGCAAGUAAGCGUGACAAAAGUGUCACUGUCAAAGGAGUUGUCUACUUCUUGCUGGAAUUUUGACGUCCCACAUUUUCUGGCGACCAUGUCGAACCGGGUAGCAUGGCUUUGUUCAACCUUGAGACAGAGGAGUGGAUGGGGAUUGUCAAAGGUCCAAUGUCAGUGCGCAGCUUUGUUGAGGAUAGCAAUGGCAGGUCCAGUUACGUUAGUCUAGACUUGGAGCUAUCACUGGUAUGUUUGGAUGGGUUCUUAGGUAAGGCCCACGAUUCUGAAUAUUGCCCUUGGGACUUAUGGUUUUUGAUGGAUAUUGAGAAAUGUCUCUGGAAUAAAAGGUACAGCAUAGAUCCCCAACGUGAAAAUCUCUUUGCUCAACCAGUGGACAUUCUAAAUGAUGGGAGGAUAGUCAUCUCUGCACCAGGAUUGCUAAGGUUGUAUAAUCCAGUUACCAAGACUUACACUGAUUGUGGGAUGAGGAAAUCCUCAUCUGUUGGUACUUACACUGGAAGUCUAUUGUCUUCAGAGAGCACGUUCACUUCUGAGGCUGAACGAUGCACUACCUGCGGCUGCUAUUUCACCCUCGAAGCCGAUAAAUAUUCUGACACCUGUGAAGAUUGUAUGUGGCGUGCAUAUGCAUGGUCAUGUUGAACUUCCCGGGCAUCUUUUCGCCAUGGCCCAUAUUGGCUCUAGGUGUGUAUGCACUAUGCAGCGCACACCAUUUUUGCAUUUGGAAGGCGGUGGUGAACUGGGCAUCCAUUGGUUUUUACCAACUGCCAAUAGACAAUUUCAAGUAUGAUUCAACAAAUUUAGUUUUCAAAUGCUUCCCUGGUUGGAUUUUGGAGAACGCUGUUGCGAGUCUUUUCUUGAUGGAGCUUGUUUUGAAACAUAUGUUAGGUACGGAAGAAAAUAUGCUUCAUCUUGUGAUUUCCUGAUGCAGUAUAUGGAUUUACCAUUGUGGACCUAGAAAAGAGUGAAGCCUUGUGGAACAAAAAAUCUGGAACCUGUGGCAAGAAAUCUGGCGCUGCUCUCUUCCAAGCGUGAGCCUAGCGUCGCCUAUAACGGGCGGAACAAGCCGAUCUAGCCGGCCGCACAAGUCAGGAUUUUGUUGUUUGUUUUUGACAUUGUUCCAAAGUAGUGUACGGACUAGUGGAAAAUACCGUGAUGAACCUGAUAUGGGAUUUUUUUUU